AUGGCAGCAGAAGCUGCCGCUGCACAACCGUUGGCACCCUCAGAUUCCGGCUGUGGCCGAGGUGGUGCUAUUAAAGAUGACCACUCUGCUUUAGAUGUUAAAUUCAUAGACCUCUCAACUCAAGUUCAUUAUCUUAGUGGGCCAAUCAGAAUUGUGGACAAAGAUGGGAUACCGGCCAAGCCAGGGGAUCUUCUGGUGGUUGAAAUAUGCAACUUGGGUCCCCUCCCAGGAGAUGAAUGGGGUUUCACAGCUACAUUUGAUAGAGAAAACGGAGGUGGUUUUCUUACUGAUCAUUUUCCUGCUGCAACCAAAGCUAUUUGGUAUUUUGAAGGAAUAUAUUCUUACUCUCCUCACAUACCAGGAGUAAGAUUUCCGGGUUUGAAUCACCCAGGAAUAGUUGGAACAGCUCCCUCAAUGGAACUUCUUAUUAUUUGGAAUGAAAGGGAAAGACAGCUUGUUGAGAAUGAAGUUGAGUCUUUGAAACUUUGUGAAGUUAUGCAUCAACGGCCAAUGGCUAGCUUACCAACAACAAAGGGUUGUCUCCUCGGAAAGAUCCAAGAGGGUACUCCAGAGUGGGAGAAGAUAGCUAGGGAGGCUGCAAGGACCAUACCAGGAAGAGAAAAUGGUGGGAACUGUGACAUUAAAAACCUAAGUACAGGAUCAAAGAUCUACCUUCCUGUAUUCGUAGAGGGAGCAAAUCUAAGUACUAGUGACAUGCACUUUUCUCAGGGAGAUGGUGUGUUAAGAAAAAUAAUAUUGCCUCAAUGG